GGAAGUAGUACUAGUACCUGUUUUUAUUUGCUCUUACAAGACAAAACUAGUAACACAUGCUUUAGCCAUGUGUUACUAACUGCAGACAUUGGUAGAAACAUAAUUUUGGACCAAACAGGACCUAUGGCAUGUGUGUAAAUAUAAUAGGCUGGAACAUGGAGUCUUCCACAGUUGCAAAGUGCAAAACAAAGAAAAGGAAAAACAGCACCCACACAGCUCAGGAGGAGGCUAAGAGAUUCAAAACUGAGCAGCGAGAUGAUGAGGUGCUGCAGUGUGGACCUGCCUCUUGCUUGCCAAGGGUUUCGGUGUUGCCUGACCGCCUUCAGCAACCGAUCGCCCUGGAUGAACUGACAGAGUUGCUGCAGUAUGCUGCUCUCGGGAAAACAGGUGGCAUCAAAAAGCCCAGUUGGUGCCAUCUCCGCCAUCACAGAAAAGUUAAAGGUGUAAAUGUUGUGAUUGUGGAGGACCUGACGCAGAAUCACUUUUACAAACACUACCUCUGUCUGCAGCACCUCAGGACCAGCUACACCUCUAGGGUCACCUUCACGCCAUCAUCUGUAGAUGUAGUAUCUGGAAUCUUUUCCAGUCAAGUUCCCAAACAGGACGGUUUGUCUGUCUCCAAAGCAGAUGAGGAACUGCAGGAAGCGAUGAAGAACCACCCAAUCAUCACUGUGUUCGGGACCGAGAGGAGAGGACUAACAGCAUAUGUUCUCACAGAGAAGGAGAUGAUCAAGAAUAACUACCCUGUGAAAGGAAUGCCCGGCUUUGAGGAAUUUGUGUGUACAGACUGCGCUGACUGUGUGACUGACAGCAGCCCCCUCUUUGGAAUCGACUGUGAAAUGUGUGUAACAGAAGAUGGAAAAGAGCUAACUCGUGUUUCUAUGGUGGACGGUGAUGGGAAGUGUUUAAUGGAUGAGCUGGUGAAACCUCCGAACCACAUUCUCAACUACUGUACCAAAUUCUCUGGUAUCACACCUGCGAUGUUGCAACCAAUAACAACCACCCUGCAGGAUGUUCAAGAAAUGCUUAUUAGGAUUUUGCCACAUGACGCAGUUCUGGUGGGCCAUUCUCUCGAACAUGACCUCAUAGCUUUGAAACUCAUCCACAAGCAUGUAAUUGACACGUCACUGCUGUACAAGAGGGAGUGUGGGGGGAGGUUUAAGCUCAAGGUUCUGACUGGGAUCAUACUGAAGAGGAAAAUACAAACAGAAGAUAUGUUGGGUCAUCAUCCAACUGAAGAUGCUCUGGCAGCCCUGGAGCUGGCCCAGUACUUUAUCAAAACAGGACCUCGCCAGGUUUUAGAGAUUCACUGGAAGGCGCUGUGGAGAGAAACAGAAACAAGAGAGGAGCCCCCAGAGACUCACAGGUUUUCUGACGUGCUACAGGCACUUGGACGUUCAGUAGCCUUUUUAGGAAAAGAUUCUGACAUCGCACUCAAGGAGUCCAGUCACAAGCAGUGCAACUCAGACAAAGAGGUGCUUAAAUCUUUCCGAAAUCUGAAAACGUGGCCGUCCUUCUCCGUCCUUCAGUUUUCCACCUUGUCAAACCAUCUGAAGAGUUACUUCCCUCAUCAGGAGCGGCACCAUCAGAUGCAGACUUGCUCAAGACUUCAGGACAUGUGUGUAGUGUUAGCUGGGCCGUUCCCCACAGGCUUCUCUGACGGAGACGCGAAGCAGCUGUUUAGCUUCUGCGGAACAGUUCGAAAAGUCAAGAUGUUGAACACAGUGGUCAGGGUUCACGCAGAGAUUGAGUUUGAGUUGCUGGAGGGAGCGAUGCUGGCGGUAAAAACUCUGAAUGGCCUUAAUGUGCUCGGGCAGACUAUAAAGGUACAGAGGCCGGUGUGUGAGUCAAUGCUAGAUCUGGAUGUGACUCUUGAAGCACUGAUGGGUGACCCUCUGAAUGCCAGUCACCUCUACGCUGUUAAAAUGAACCACAGUAUGACUGAGUGCAUCAGCACUUCCACAAAAGUUAAUGGGCAUGUGUCAGAUGCUGAACGCUUAGAUGUCACUCCUGUGAAAACAGUCAACGGGCUGCCUCCAGCUAAAGUAAACAAAUGGUUGCAUCUCAAUACCUCUAAAUCUGAACUGUCUGAAGAGUCAGUCAAAGAGACAUUUGGCCACUUUGGCACAGUGAAGAGAGUCAUCGUAUCUGCCAAGCCUAAAGAAUCCACAGGACAUGCCCGCAUAGUGUUUGUGAAUUCAGAGGACAGACGUGCAGCCCUCAACUCUUCUGAGGAUCUGUGGAAGAAGAAGUACCUCAUCUGUCCAUCGCUGACGCCGGUCCAUUUGCCUUCAUGGGUUGGAGCGGAGAAUAAGAAGACAACCCACAGUCACAGCAGCGCUCAGGAACAGCAAAUGGAUGUCGUGAUGAGGAAGCUAGACCGCUGCUUGCAGAAGCUCUUCACAUCUCUCCCGGCUGGCACUUUGUCUGUUGUUGUGCUGCUCGGACACGCCAGCACAAAUGGUCACCUUCCUGGGUUGUGUCUAAUGGAAGUCAAGCAAGAUUGUUGAGGAGAUGAAGCGUAAAACUGUCGCCAGGCUGUCGGCUCCAGGAUGUCUGAACCUGUGUCACCUGGAUCAUAUGAAAUCUGUUCAGCAAAGUGAAACUUGAAGGCUUUGGGUUUUACUGAGACUCGCUCUACCUCAGGAAUUGGUUUUUUAGUUUUGUGUAAUGGGGCACGUUUUUUUUAUGGCCUUGAAAUAAUCAAAGCUGCAAACUAAGAUUUGCCUUUACUGUGUGGAUCUAAAUUGAAGAACUCCAUACCCUAAGGGUAUAAUAAAAAUAUGAUGGUUGUCACUCUAUGAAUAAACAAUAUUUAUACAUUAA